ACAGCUUUUACGUAUUCUCGUUUCAUUCACUCACACACGAGGUGUUCGACAAAAGUUCUCAAUGGCAAACGAGGUGAUUCUUCUAGAUUUCGGGAUCAGCAAGUUCAGCAUGAGGGUCAGAGUAGCCUUGGCCGAAAAGGGUAUCAAGUACGAGUACAAAGAAGAGAAUCUGAGCAACAAAAGCCCACUUCUUCUUCAGAUGAAUCCGAUUCACAAGAAAAUCCCAGUUCUUAUUCACAACGGAAAACCCAUUUCUGAAUCUCUAAUAAUUGUUCAGUACAUUGAUGAGGUUUGGAAUGACAAAGCUCCAUUGUUUCCUUCAGAUCCUUACCAGAGAGCCCAAGCCAGAUUCUGGGCUGAUUUCAUUGAUAAGAAGGUAUAUAUUAUUGUUUUUCAAUAUAAUUUCACUUCAGGGUCAACUUAAGGGAUAACAUCAAUA